AUGGCAGCGGCAUACGCAGCAUGGAAGCUUUCCGCUGCUGAAGCCAUCACGGCCGCCUGUUAUCGCGGCUACAUCGUUGCUCUUAACCAGAAAUUGGGUGCCAUGCUAGCAGUGGGCCUCAGCUCUGCCCAGGGGGCUGAAUAUCUGCGACAAGCUGGUUUGGAGGAUCAAGUCAAAGUCGCAGCGAUCAACUCCCCGGACAGUAUCACCAUGUCUGGUGACGCAGAUGCUAUAAAGACGCUGCACGCCAUAUUUGACCAGCAAGGUGUCUUCAACAGGGUACUGAAGACGGGCGGCCUCGCAUAUCACUCUCACCAUAUGCUUGCACCUGGGCAGGAUUAUUCCCAGGUGCUUGAAGCCGCAUUCCAUAGCCUCUCCAAGACUGAAGUCACACUGAAAGACCACAAGUAUCCUUCAGUUCCAUGGGUCUCGUCUGUCAUCCCUACUAAGGACAUGGCCGCUUCCAAGGAGGCCACCACGCCUUCGUAUUGGAGAGCAAAUCUAGAAUCAGCGGUUCAGUUCAAUGAUGCUGUGUCAAAUUUGGUCAACCUCCCGGACUUGUCUAUCGGAGUUGUGGUAGAAAUGGGCCCUCACCCGGCGCUCAACAGCCCUUUCGUUCAAAUCAUAAAGACCCUGGGCAAGUCUGUACCGCACAUCGCGACGCUGAAGAGAGGUGAAGAUGCUCGCAGUUCUCUGCUGAACCUCGCUGGCCCAUUAUUCGCUCUGAAUGCGGAUGUCGAUUUAGUAGCAGUGAACGCCGUCGAGGCAGAGGACCAUCAGGGAGUGCCUGGGCUGGCUCACGGCUGUACAAUGAGAGUCGUCUCAGCAAGGAGUAUCGCCUGCGCCAAGUCCCCCGCCACGAUCUGCUCGGAUCCAGAAUCCCCGGCACUACGAGACUGCGACCACAGUGGCGUGACAUUAUUCGCCCAAAAAGUCUACCUUGGCUGGAUGAUCAUCGUGUUGCGCCCCACGUCCUACAACGGCCGACUCGUCGACGCAGAAGAUUGGUAUGCUCGCUUCGCGGACAUGGGCCUCCAGUUCGGCCCUUCGUUCCAAGGCUAUUCGAACAUCCGCGCAGACCCUCACAAGAACGUAGCCUCGGCCAAGUUAGCUCUCAAGACUACGGCUGGCAUGUUUCCGGGAGGCGAGUCUCCUUACCCGAUCCACCCGGCCCCUCUAGAUCUGGCAAUUCGCCUGGGCAUCAUGGCGUGCAACGGCGGCCAGGCGGAUACUGCCAGUGUCCAGCUCCCCAUUCACUUCGAUCAGAUGCAGUUCAAGUACGGCCGCCUGAGCGGCCUUGAUUGGGCGACUGGUGUCUCUCGCGGUGAGCUGCGGGGACUGCGUGGCGCCUACGCGCAGAUACAGAUGUUGGGCGAGGAGGGCGAUGUCAUUCUGAACGUCGACAACAUGCGCUUCGCAAGCCUUAACAACGAGCAGCAGGCUUCGCCAGGCAAUCCCCAGUCCAGGAGCAAGGCCUUCUCCAGCCCUUUCGCGCGCCUCGUGUGGAUGCCGGACGUGCGCACCAUGAGCAAGGAGCAGUGGCGAGAGCUUUUCGCUGCUGGAGAGCAGAGCACCGAUUCGAAGUCGCCCUGCCUGACCAAACUGUUCGACUUGCUUGGCCACGUGCAGCCGGAUCUUCGAGUGGCAGAGGUCAACGCUGGUGAGGAUAGGGGUGUGGCAGAGAGAGUACUUAAGACGCUGACUGGUUCCAACGGUAUAAAGCGUUACAAGGAAUACACCUUGGCAGAUGCCUCGCAGGAAUGUCUUGACAAGGUCCAGACGGCCACAUCAGGAUUCAGUGACGUCGAAUACGACAUUAUUGACAUUGCAAAGGACCCCAAAAGCCAAGGUUGGGUGAACGAAGCCUUCGACGUUGUCCUGUUGCCUAUCUCAGGGCAUCAAGAUAACUCUGAAAAGCAAUCUUUCGUGAGAAACUGCAAGUCGCUCAUUAAGCCAGGUGGACACCUUGUGGUGAUAGAGCACGUUCAAGGGCUGGCCAGGUAUGAAAAGUCGUGGGAGGAUAUACUCGUAUCAUCUGGCUUUGAAAGUGGCUCUGAUUUGACUGUGGAAGAGCCCGCCGAGGGCGACUAUCGAUCGGUUGUCACAUUAUGCACUCUGGGUACCAUGGCAGACAAGUCCAACGGGCAUAGCACAGAGGAAGCCGCAAUCUACCUGCUCUACGGCAACAAAGGGCAGCCAGCGCUUCUGCCUCUCCUGGCUGGGGCAAUGGAAAAACGCGGACUUCCCACCAAGUCUAUUACUCUCGAUGAAGUAAAGGGCGCCCUACCACCGAACGCACGAGUGGUGGCAUUCCUGGAUGGGGAGAAUCUGUUGUUCGAUGCCGACCAACACCGUAUCAACGUAUUUAAGUAUCUUGCAUCGACUGCAUCCAGCAUGCUGUGGAUCACCUCCUCCGGCAUGGUGAAGGGGCAGAGUCCGGACGAGGCCUUUGUGGCCGGCCUGCUGCGAACGCUGGGCACGGAGAACCCUUCAGGACACUUCCUUUCGGUCGACAUAGAUGCCAAGGACUUCAAAAUAGAGGACGAGCACGAGUUGAGCGAGCUGGUUCGAUGUCUGGCUGAUCAGGAGUCUGCACUGCAGCACGUUGCACACAAGAGCAGCGGGGGCGAGGAGCCUGCGGCGGACGAAGUGAACCGCGAACUCGCCUGGCAGGACGGGCUCAUGUGGGUCAGCCGCAUUGUGCCCGACGCCGGGCUUCAGGAUUACGCCGAGGCAGCGUCCACGCCAGAGGACCAGGACUUGCAGACGGUUGCCCUGGGAAGCCAAGGCCCUAUCCGUGCAGCCUUCGGGGUGCCGGGGAUCCUCACCUCGCUGCACUUCCGACCUUACACCGAGCUGUGGCGACCCCUGCCGAAGGACGCGAUCGAGGUCAAGGUAGAGGCGGUUGGCCUCAACUGGAAAGACCUGGGGCUGUGCUCUGGGCGGUUCGACCAGAAUAACCUGUCGAACGAAUACUGUGGUAUCGUUUCUCAGAAGGGCUCAGACGUCGCCGGCCUUGAAAUCGGUGAUCGCGUCUACGGGCUCGGAAAAGGACACUUUGGAAACUACACACGAGUGCCCGCGGCUCUGGCCCAGAAGCUUCAGACCGGCGUGGACCCCGUUGAGGCCGCGACCAUGCCCCUGGUGUACAUGAUAGCAGUGUAUGCCUUUGAGCACGUGGCCCGGCUGCGGAAAGGCCAGAAGGUGCUGAUACAAUCUGCCUCUGGCGGCCUUGGCCUGGCGGCUAUCCAGCUUGCAAGGUCCAAGGAUGCUGAAGUGUUUGCUACUGUUGGGACAGAAGAAAAGGCACGCUUUCUGUCCGAGGAGAUGGGUGUUGCAGCCGACAACAUUUUCUCGUCGUGA